AUGGAGCAGAUCACCGACUAUCUCUGCAGGUACAAAAACUACAACUUUGCCAUCGAUCUCACGACUGCAGAGCACAUUGAUUCACUCCAGAGCUUUGAAAUUAGAGAUAGUGACGUGUUCCUCGUCACUUAUCCAAAGUCAGGUACUAUAUGGACUCAACAGAUCAUCGUCUCCAUCUGUGAGUUAGCCGGCGGUCUGAAUGAAUAUCAAAACAACUUGGAGCUGAUGCCGUGGCUGGAGUACAGGGAGGCUCGAGAAGAUUACUCUCUCCGGCCCUCUCCAUGACUCUUCAUCUCUCACCUCACCCCGGUUCUCUUGCCUCCAGGACUGAAGGACAAGAAGGCAAAGAUUAUCUACGUGAUGCGGAAUCCGAAGGACAAUAUUGUCUCUUAUUACCACUUCUGUAAUAACUGUGGCGACCUGGAGACUCCCAAAGGUUUUGAGGACUUCUUUGAGCAGUAUCUGAAGGGCAACGUUGUAGCAUCAUCCUGGUUUGACCACAUCAGGGAGUGGCACUCAAAGAGAGGCCAGAAAAACAUCCUCUUCCUGAACUAUGAGGACAUGAUUUUGGACCUGAAGGCGGCGGUAACUAAGAUCUGCACUUUCUUAGGGAAAAACUUGAGUGACGCAGCCAUUGAGCAAGUUGUGGAAAAAGCUACUUUCAAUAACAUGAAGAAAGACUCAAAAGCUAACUACGAGUUUCUGCCACCAGAGAAGGUGACGAGAGACUUCAUGCGCAAAGGUAAGAUCGGUGACUGGAAGAACACCUUUAGUGCGGCUCAGAGUCAAAGAGUUGAUCAACUCCUUCAGGAGAGACUCUGUGAUUUGUCUCUGGAGUUCAUCUGGGAGUGAGCAGAGCAGCAGAGGUUUCCAUGUUUGGACUUCUGUACCAGGAAUAAAACAUCAAUAAUAGUUGGCCAAUCUGU